CUAUAUGAGAAAGCUGUAGGAUUCGCAUUUUAACAAAUCAUAACCAACUCUGGAGAAGCUCAACGAGAGGAUUACGAGAUAUGGGUUUUCGAUUUCCCUAUUCCAUCCUUUUCUUUCAUCUGCUGCUUUUCAUGUUUGGCCAUUAUUCUAAUGGAGUUAGAGAUGUGCCUAAGCAAGAGAACUUCCAUGGAAAUACAAAUGAAGCAAUGAAGAAUACUUCAGUCCAAUUAUAUUACAAAAUCUUGGAUGAACUUUUCAAAAGGCCAGCAAUACUUGUUGCUACAGCAUCAAAGUUUGGCAAGGAGUUCGAUAAUUUCGUGCUUGAUUUCGUGCAGGCUUCAUACAUAGGCUUGUUUACUCCAGACGAUGUAUAUUUUGGAAAGAUCAUGCCUAUUUACUUUCCACAAGCCAAAAUCUCUGUUGAUCAUCAACAGGAGAAAUGUGAAAUCCCUCCUGCUGAAGUUGAGACCAAAGUCUGUGCUAGAGAUAUGGAAUCAAUGCUUGAUUAUGUUCAUCGAGUCUUCGGUUCAGACAGCGAGUUCAAGGCUGUCGAAACGAAGCACUCCACGAUAUCAGCUCCAUUAUUACAAGACUAUAUUGUGUUGGAAGAUCCUCAGGAGAUUAAGGGUCCUGGAAUUGUGAUUUGUCAUCCCAUGUAUGAAGAUUUCUUCUGUCAUUAUGAUGCUGAUGCUACAAAGAUUGUGAAAGUCUCACUCGGAGGUAAUAAUGGAGAUAAAGUUGAAGCUAUUGGCAUUUGCCAUAUGGAUACUUCAGGGUUGAGCCAUGAUCAUAUUGCGUUUCGCUUGCUACCGAUCAAGCUUGGUUCUCCGCUCUGCCAUUUCUUAGCUGCAGGUCAUCUUGUUUGGGUUCAGUCAGCUGCUGCUACCCAAGGCCUCUUAAUUAAUUAAGCAGCUUCUCUGGUUGGUUUUCUUUUGUACAGCUGUGAUAUGCUGUCUAUCUAGCAUGCAUAUAUUGUAAAGUUCUAUGCUCUAGCUUAUGUUUGCUUUGAUAUUACUAUGUUGGAAUAAAAUGGGCCUGUAAUUCUUAAAGAGGCUACCUGGAAUAGAGAGUGAAAAA